ACGGGCGAAGUUGAUGAAAGAAUCGGCGUUGACCAGGGCAGCUUUUCGCUAGGCCUAUCAAUUGAUGACCAAAAUCGAAUAAUUGCAGCCAUCAGAGGACAACCGCUUCUUCGAGUUUUCCAGAAUGGUAAACUGGUGAGUGAUCUGUCGCCUGCGUUCAGUGAAGAAUUGUCGGCAAUCUGGUCGGAAGUCCUUUUCGAGAACGGUCGGCUGCAUAUCGUGGAUUAUCUGACUAGCACACUGAAGACUUUUCGCUAUCCGAUUGGCAGUAGCACCGACAGCAACGACGCUUAA